ACCCAUAUCGACUCGAAAAGCCGCAGUCCGCGACAGGCUAUCGGACACACAGUCGAAACUACGACUUUCGUAUCCCCAAAGAAACGCUAUCGCAUCACAAUGGCGAACCCGUUGGAUACCGAUGCCGGGUCGGAGCUCUUCAGCAGCUACGAGGCCGAGUUCAAGCUGCUCCAGGCCGAUUUUAACCAGAAACUAGACCAGAUCUCCGAAGCCAGCGGCGAGCAACGGAAAUCAGCGAUUCGGAUGGCAGCACAAGCCCAGGAGGAGGCCAAUGAAUUGUUGGAAUCAAUGCGCAUAGAGAAACAGAACAUUCCCUCAGAAGCACGAUCGAAAGUGAACCAGCGGUUCCGCAACUACUCCAGCGACAUGGAUGAGGCGAAACGCAAGCUCAAAUCUCUCUCCGACGACCGGAAAGCGCUCUUUGGCGACCGUUACACCGACGACCCUCAGGACGAGCACCUCGAGCAGAGACAACAGCUUUUGUCAGGGACGGAUCGCCUGGAGCGCAGCUCCGCCCGGCUGCAGAACAGCCAGCGCAUGGCCCUCGAAACGGAAGCCAUCGGUCGCGGUACGCUGGGCGACUUGGGACAGCAGCGAGAGACUAUCUUGCAUGCCCGGCAGGGCCUCCAGAUGAGCGAGGGUUACGUCGACACUAGCAUCAAGACGCUGAGAGGCAUGGCCCGUAGGAUGGCUACGAAUCGGAUGAUUACGAUUGCGAUUAUUACUGUGCUGGUGUUGUUGAUUUUCGCCGUUAUCUACAGCAAGUUUCAUUGAGCGAAGGGCUAUUAGGGCGUUAUUGUGGUGUUGUUCUUCCUCGACCUUUUGUUUUCAAUUUAUGACACGCUUGUCUGUCCGCACAGACCACUCCAACUUGUAUGAUAGCGUUCCUUGAGCUUUAAUAAGACCAGACGUUGGAGUCCGUGAAUGCACGAAUACAACGAAUACAAACGAUCGUAAAUCCAUUAAU